UACAGUCAUACGCGUCUUGUUGCUUAAUUUAACUGAACAGACGUUGCGCUGUGUUGAUCGGUUGAAGAAUAUACGUGCAUGUACGUGUAUUGAACACACACGUACGAGGCUACGUUACGUUACGGAAGCAACAGAAGUGUCGGUUACAGUCGCAGAUCCACACGGGCUCGAAGCUUGAGAGACUGACAGAACCUAGAACUGUAAACUUUACAGUUAAGUAAAGUGGAACGCGCGAGGAGAACAGCUUAACAAACGCGUUAAAAAUAUUCUAAAAUAUGACCAGACAAAUACGAAUGGUAUUGAUAGAUCUUAGUGGUACUCUGCAUAUUGAUAGCACAGUGAUUCCUGGCGCUGUGGAAGCCUUAACCAGGCUUAGAAGUGCUAAUAUACCAUUGAAAUUCGUUACAAAUACAACGAAAGAGUCCGGUAACUGUCUACACAAACGAUUAAACAGCCUUGGUUUCGAUAUACAGAAAGAGGAAAUCUUCAGCUCUUUAGCUGCCGCAAAGAAUUUAAUCAUUGAAAGAAAAUUGAAUCCACUGUUGUUGAUCGAUCCCGCAGCCAAUGAAGAUUUCGAUGGUUUAAUAAAAAAUGAUCAGAAAGCAAACGCGGUGGUAGUUGGAUUAGCACCGGAUAAAUUCCACUACGAGGAAUUAAACAAAGCUUUUAGAUUGUUGUUAGAUGGUGCUCCGCUCAUAGCAAUUCAUAAAGGCAGAUAUUAUAAACGGCCGGACGGUUUAGCUUUAGGACCGGGUGCAUUCAUUUCUGGUUUAGAAUAUUCCGCCAAUGUUAAAGCUGAAGUUGUCGGCAAACCAACCGCGGAAUUUUUUAAAGCAGCAUUAGCCGGUGUACCUCCGGAGGAAGCUAUUAUGAUCGGCGAUGACGUCAAAGAUGACGUAGCUGGAGCGCAAACUAUUGGUAUCAGGGGUCUUUUGGUGCAGACAGGAAAGUAUAGAGAAGGAGAUGAAAAUACAAUUAUACCACCACCCAUGAAAAUAUGCAGCUCCUUUAUGGAAGCUGUGUCAUAUAUUUUGGAGGAGAAGGAUUAGGAAUCGCGAGAAUCAUUAUUUGAACAAUGAUAAGUGUAGAAUAAAUGAAUAUUCUGUAUUAAA